AUGCAAGAGCUAGAGCCUUCGCCCGUCGACGAUGAUCCACCCGAUAUCGAAACCGGGGACUACUUCCCUGAGCCGAUGAGCACGGCUGCGGGACAACCUCGAUCUUUUGGCAUUUCGCGUAUAGGCCUCAAGCCACAUAGUUGGGAUUAUUGGCUUUCGGCGGUUCAACGAUACUCGACGUAUCCGCCUACAGUCUUCUUUGCGUUACAUGCCGUCAAUACUUCGCUCAUCCCUCUUGCCACGCGCUCACUUCCCUCAAGCGACUCGUUCCUCCUGCUCACGCGACCAAUCUAUCAAUCCCCCUCCCUCGAACCUGUCAUGGUAGCACUCCCCAUCGUCGCACAUAUCGUCUCUGGAAUCGCAUUGCGCAGCAUUCGGGCCCGUAGACGCGCCAAAAAGUACGGCGCCGAACGACGCAGUCAGCGCUAUCAGAUUAAGUCCUGGCCUGUGCCGAGUCUCCAAGCCAAAUUGGGUUAUGCCAUGAUCCCGCUUUUGGGUCUGCACGUGGGCGUCAAUCGGAUUAUCCCUCUUGAAGUCGACGGCGGCAGCUCGAGCGUUGGGUUGGGUUAUGUCGCGCACGGAUUUGCGCGCAGUCCCUAUUUCUGGAAUCUUUUUUAUAUCUUGUUUGUCGCUACGAGCGUGUGGCAUUUAGUAGGCGGGCUUGCGACGUGGAUGGGCAUCAGAGUUACAACGAUUCGAACAGAGAGAGGCUCAAUCUCCAAGACUGCGGGCAUACUUGGCGAGACGCGGGAAGAGCGGGAUAGGCGGAGAAGAAACAAAUGGCUUGUACAUGGCAUUGCAGGGCUUACGGCGGCUAUCUGGCUGGCUGGUGCGCUGGGGAUUGUGGGAAGAGCCGGAUCGGGCUCGAGCUGGGAAGUGACGGGCUGGGAUAAGCUGUAUUCAAGUGUGCCUGUUAUUGGGGAGUGGUUGUAG